UCCUCCCUCUGACAGCCUGCACCCAUAAAUAGCCAGCGAUCAGAGGGCCGGCCCACAGUCAGACAGCCUCAGACAAGCCUCGCCUCUGUUCUGUAACCUCCACCUCUCAGCCAGGAUGUCUAUCACUAAGAUCCACGCUCGUGAGAUUCUGGACUCCAGAGGAAACCCCACCGUGGAGGUGGACCUGUGGACAGCCAAGGGUCUCUUCAGAGCUGCAGUCCCCAGUGGAGCGUCCACCGGAGUUCAUGAAGCUCUGGAGCUUCGUGACGGAGACAAGAGCCGUUAUUUGGGCAAAGGUACGGUGAAGGCUGUGGAGCAUGUCAACAAGGAGAUCGCCCCCAAGCUUAUUGAGAAGAAAUUCAGUGUUGUUGACCAGGAGAAGAUUGACAAGUUCAUGCUGGAAUUGGACGGGACGGAGAACAAAUCUAAGUUUGGCGCGAACGCCAUCCUGGGUGUGUCGCUGGCUGUCUGUAAGGCUGGGGCUGCAGAGAAGGGAGUUCCUCUCUACCGUCACAUCGCCGACCUUGCAGGACACAAGGAUGUCAUACUUCCUGUUCCCGCUUUCAAUGUGAUCAAUGGUGGGAGUCAUGCGGGAAACAAACUGGCCAUGCAGGAGUUCAUGAUUCUACCUGUGGGAGCUGCCAACUUCCACGAGGCAAUGAGGAUCGGAGCCGAGGUCUACCACAACUUGAAGAAUGUCAUCAAGGCCAAGUAUGGGAAGGAUGCCACCAAUGUGGGAGACGAAGGUGGCUUCGCCCCCAACAUCCUGGAAAAUAACGAGGCUUUGGAGCUGCUGAAGACAGCCAUUGAGAAGGCCGGUUACCCUGACAAGAUCAUCAUUGGGAUGGAUGUGGCCGCCUCUGAGUUCUAUCGCAAUGGCAAAUACGACCUGGACUUCAAGUCCCCCGAUGACCCGUCCCGACACAUCUCUGGAGAGCAACUUGGAGACCUGUACCGCAGCUUCAUCAAGGGUUACCCUGUCCAGUCCAUCGAAGACCCGUUUGACCAGGACGACUGGGAGCACUGGGCCAAGUUUACUGCUUCUGUGGACAUCCAGAUCGUAGGAGACGACCUGACAGUGACCAAUCCAAAGAGAAUCCAGCAGGCAGUAGAGAAGAAGGCCUGCAACUGUCUGCUGCUCAAGGUCAACCAGAUCGGCUCUGUGACCGAAUCCAUCCAGGCGUGUAAGCUGGCACAGAGCAGUGGUUGGGGUGUGAUGGUCAGCCAUCGCUCUGGAGAGACUGAGGACACCUUUAUCUCUGAUCUGGUGGUCGGCCUCUGUACUGGACAGAUCAAGACUGGAGCCCCCUGCAGGUCAGAGCGUCUGGCCAAAUACAACCAGCUGAUGAGGAUUGAGGAGGAGCUUGGAGACAAGGCCAGAUUUGCUGGGAAAGACUUUCGUCACCCUAAGAUCAACUAAAGCUCUACCCCUCUUCCAUCCUCUCUGUUACCAUGGCAACUGACUGACACUUGAUGAUUCCUGCAACCGCUCCCUCCAAAUGUGGAGUGAGAGGUCAGAGGUCACGAGGGGUGUCUGAGCUGUUUCCCAGCUGUAAUUCCAUGACUGAUGUUUUAUACAAACUACCGAACGAAUAAAAACAGAGAUGUGAUUAA